AUGAAUAUAUCUACCCCCCUCUGCGCUCCCACCGCGGAUGCUGCGUUCGGCCCUGUUGUCGACGCGGCAUGUCGCGAUGGGUUUGAUUUCACGCUUGUUUUUGAGCAAUCCAUCUUUGUGCUUCUUCCCGCGUCGCUGCUUGUCCUCGUGGCACCGUUGCGACUCAUGCAGCUGCGUAAAUCGUCAAUCAAAGUUGCCGAUCACGUAUCGCGUGUGAUCAAACUGUCCGUUACAGGUUGUCUCGCUGCUCUUCAGCUUGUCCUGAUCGCCCUCUGGGCAACCCACGAUGGACCUGCGCGUCUGAACAGCGUGUCUGUUGCUGCUGCCUGUGUCUCCUUUGCCUCAUGCCUCAUGUCCUGUGCCCUCUCGUAUUUUGAACAUGCCAGAUCCCUCGGUCCCUCGUCGCUGCUGAAUGUCUUCUUGCUCGUAUCUCUGCUGCUCGACGCUGCUGUUUUACGAACCGUGUGGCUCUCCCUCUCCACAGUAGCUGCCAGUGCGUCCAUCCGGGCUGUUCUUACGGCUUCGUUUGGUCUCAAGACGGCGCUGCUCGUGCUUGAGGCACGGGAAAAGUCGAGCCAUGUUGUUGGCCGGCAGACCCUCGCCCCGGAAGAGACAUCCGGUCUGUACAGCCGGGCUGUGUUCGCAUGGGUUGCUCCGCUUCUCCGGACCGGAUUCCAGCGCCUGCUUCGGCCGGCCGACUUGUUUCCGCUCGACGAGAAGAUGGGUGCUUCGGGUCUGAACGAGAGGUUCUGGUGGCACUGGCGAAAAGCAUCUCCCUCGACUCAGGUGAACAAGCAUCGCCUCAUCCUUUGCUGCAUCGUCACUCUCCGCUCUGCCAUUAUUUCCGUUAUUGUCCCAAGAGUGGCUCUCCUUGGUUUCACUAUCUUGCAGCCUCUGGUCUUGACUCGCUUUCUUGGCUUUCUCGACGACAAUACGCAAUCCGUGAACAUUGGCUACGGGCUCAUUGGAGCUUACGGACUAGUCUACCUGGGCAUCGCAGCCACUCAGGCGCUGUACUGGCAUCGGAAUGGCCGCUGUGUGACGAUGCUUCGAGGAGUCCUUGUUUCCGCUGUGUUUUCCAAGGUCACGGAAGUGAGCAUCGUUGCGGUUGACGAUUCUGCUGCAUUGACUCUCAUGUCUUCCGAUGUUGAUGUCAUUGGCCGUGCUAUGCGACAGAUUCACGAAUUCUGGGCCAAUGUCUUUCAGAUUGGUAUUGCGACCUGGCUCUUGAGCAAGCAGAUUGGAUAUGCGGCAGCUGGGCCCAUUAUCGUCUCUGUUCUUUCGCUGGUGGCGACCAUGGUUGUCUCGCCGCUUGCGAAGAAGUACCAGGUUGGCUGGCUUGAAAAGACCCAGAAGCGAGUUGGCAUAACAUCUGCCAUGAUUGGUCACAUCAAGAGUAUCAAAAUGUCUGGUCUAUCCAAGCACCUCUCCGACACCAUUGCCGCUCUUCGUGUACAAGAAAUCACCGCAUCCAAGCCUUUUAGAGUUGUUGGAGCUGUGACAUCUUCAGUGGCACAAGUGCCGCUGCUUCUCUCCCCAGUUUUGGCUUUUGCCAUGUUCCAGGGCAUUACGGCAGCUACGGGCGAGGUGCUCGAUGCCACACGAAUGUUUGCUGCGCUUUCACUCAUUACGUUACUUGCACAGCCCCUGUUUUGGAUCUUUGAGGUGGUUCUUGAUAUGAGCGCGGCGUUUGGUGCCUUUGAUCGAAUCCAAAAGUUUCUGGUUAGCUCUACUCGAGAUGAGUAUCGGACAGUGGAAGCGACCAGUGCACUUGAUUCAGCUGCCGUGACUGGGGAAGAGACUGGUCUGAUUGAGCUUCAGACUCUCCAGCCUCGUACUUCCCAUGCGUCCUCGCAGAGUAUCACAAACACUGCUAUUGAUGUUGAGGAUGCUACGUUUUCUUGGUCGACAGAUCGGCAGAUCCUGAGCAACAUCAGCUUCACUCUCAAUCGUGGGCAAUUUGCACUCCUAAUUGGCCCUGUGGCAUCUGGUAAGACGACUUUGCUCAAAGGACUCCUGGGAGAGGUGCCUUAUUCCAAGGGGAAAAUCUUCCUCGCUAGUAGCUGUCUUUCGUGGUGCGAACAAACUCCUUGGAUCCUAGACCUGUACGACCAGACUAUCAAAGCGUGUGAGCUUGAAGAAGACUUCAGGCAACUUCCUCAGGGUGAUUUCACCGUUGUUGGCAGUAAAGGUCUCGCUCUCAGUGGUGGCCAGAAACAGCGUGUUGCGCUGGCCCGAGCUGUGUACUCCCGGCCCCGUAUCGCUUUGUUUGACGACAUCUUCAGUGGACUAGAUAAUGCCACCUCGCAGCGCAUUUUCAGAAACUUGUUUUCCUCUACAGGAUUAUUUAAAAGAUGGGGAACAACUAUUGUACUCGCUACACAGACUGUCGAAUUCCUUGCAUCAGCAGACCUCAUCAUUGCCCUAGGUCGAGACGGUCAAAUCACAGAACAAGGAUCCUUCCCACAGCUUUUAGCUACAGAUGGAUAUGUUCAGACUUUGACGGCCAACAAAUCCAUCACCGCCAAUCCCGAAGUUCAUCAAGACGAGGUCAUCUCAGAAUUCAGAGCCGACGCCACCCCACCGAAAGUUGAAUACAAGGCCAAGCAAGUUGAAAUCAAGGAUGAUAAACGCAGACAGCUUGGAGAUUCAACGGUCUAUAAGUACUACUUUGGUAGUAUUGGGCCCAUCUUCAUCAUCACCAUGUUCUCUCUCGAGAUCAUCUGGGCUUUCCUCCAGAGCUUUCCAAACUCGAACAGUCGAGGAAAUAACCAAUCGGGCCUUUAUCUCGGAGUCUACGCUGCUUUGCAAAUAAUCGGUGUCCUUUGGUUUGCCUUACUCAUAUGGUUCGUUCUUGUCGUAGUGGCUGCCAAAUCCGGGGUUUCUCUUCACCACAGACUCCUCUCCGCGGUUAUUAGAUUCUCUCAAGACAUUGGCAUCCUGGACAACAACCUUCCGCUUGCACUCGUGGUAACAAUAGCAAGCUUCUUUGGGGUUCUCGCCAGAGCAGGUCUUCUGGCAGCUUCAUCCUACUAUGUGGCCAUCAGCUUUCCCUUUCUCGCUGCCCUUUAUUACUUCCUUCAGCGUGGAUACCUUCGCACCUCGCGACAGCUUCGUCUUCUCGACCUUGAGGAGAAGGCUCCGGUUUACACGCAGUUCAUGGAAACUCUUUCUGGAAUCUCCACCAUCCGAGCUUUUGGAUGGCAAAAGCAGGCCAUUUUAAAGAAUCACCAACUCGUCGACCAAUCGCAGAAGCCAUUCUAUCUUCUCAUCAUGGUUCAGCGAUGGCUCGUUCUCGUGCUCGAUCUCACCACUACGGCGCUCGCCCUCCUCAUUGUUGGAUUUUCCGUAAAGCUCCGCGGGUCCGUUUCCGUUGGGCUCACAGGCGUGUCGCUAGUCCAACUCAUCUCCAUGAGCGAAACACUGAAUAUGCUCAUCCAAUUUUGGACCUCUAUUGAAACUUCCAUUGGGGCGGUUGCUCGCAUCAAGCAGUUUUCCGAAGAGACGCCAGACGAAAGCCUUCCGGGAGAGGAUCAAGAGGUACCUGCUAAUUGGCCAGACAAAGGACAUGUUGUCAUACAAGGCCUUGAGGCGUCGUAUGACGAGAAUGAUGGUAUCAAGGCUCUUGAUGGCGUUACCCUGGACUUGAAGCCCGGAGACAAGAUUGGAAUUGUCGGUCGUACGGGGAGCGGUAAAUCAUCUCUCUUGCUGGCCCUCCUCCGUCUAUUCAAUCCAUCUUCUGGCACUCUCAGCAUCGAUUCCGUCCUCCUGAGUACUAUCCCCCGCGAAACGAUCCGCUCCCGCAUUAUUACCGUGUCUCAGGAUCAAUUCGUUCUCCCCGGAACCAUACGUCACAACAUCGAUCCAUCUGCCUCAUAUUCCGACGGUGCCAUUGCCGAAGCCCUGCGUGCGGUCGAUCUCUGGACCGUGAUCGACUCCCGCGGUGGUCUCGACGCGACUUUUGAAGAGGAUAUGCUGAGCCAUGGCCAGAAGCAACUAUUUUUCCUUGCAAGAGCUGUGCUGAAGAAAGAUUGCGGUAAAGUUGUGCUCUUGGACGAAGCGAGUAGCAGCCUGGACAAGGAAACGGAACAGAUGGUCCGUACGACCAUCAAUACGCACUUUAAAAGCCAUACCGUCAUCUCCAUCGCCCAUCAUUUGGAAACUAUUCUCGACUUUGACCGUGUAGUGGUCAUGGAUAAGGGCCGGGUUGUCGAGGUUGGACCGCCCAGAGAGCUACUCCAAACUGCUGGCCACGGCAAGUUUAAGGCUCUUUGGGAGGCAAAUAGCCGUGGAGCACUCAAUUAA